AUGGUGUACAAUUCAAAGAAGCGCUCGUACGACUUAAACAGCACAAAAGGUGUUAAAAAAAUUUUGGGAAAUGAGAAGAAUAAUUCUUUUCACAAUUUUGUGACAAAGAGAGAGAACAGUGAUAGUAAGAAAAAGAGAAUCCAGUGCAAUGCUUUGUAUCAGGAUGUAAAAUAUAAUAUUGAAAUUUUUAACAAAAUGAAAGAUUUUUACAAAAAUAAUGACAAGAGUAACCUUAAUUACGAAGAACUUGACCUACGAAAUGGGUGUAAUAAAAGUCAAAAUAGUGGCAUAAAUCUCAUUGAAGGAGAAAAUAACGAGGAAGAGAGUAACACCAAAAAUGUUUUAGUAAAUAUGAACGUGGAGGGAAAUAAAACUAAAGUUUUCAACAGGAAAAGAAAAACAGAAUUACAUGAAAUGUUAUAUUCAACAUCGAAGAGCAACUCGAAAAUGAACUGUGAAGCUCGGGGUGAACAUGCUGGGAGUGGUAAUGAUGAAUGCUUUAAGAGAUAUUCGCCUACAGGAGAAAAUUGUAUCGAGGACAUUCCUAUAAACACUUUAACUCAAAAGGAGGCACACAAAAAUAGCAUUUCUCAAAUAGAAGAUGGAUCUAACGGUAGCAGUUGCAUACCUGUUGUUACGGAAGCGAAUUGUUUACUCAAAAGACAAGAUACAUGCAAGAAUGAAAUUGAAACGAAAGUCGAAAAUGGAGUCGAAGUCGAAAAUGGAGUCGAAGUCGAAAAUGGAGUCGAAGUCGAAAAUGGAGUCGAAGUCGAAAAGGGAAUCAAAAUCGAAAACGGGGUCAAAGUCAAAAACAAAAAUGCAAACUCGUUAAGAAGGGAAUGUAGUAACUUCAACAGCAACGAAUGUAAUCACAGCAGUAGUGAAGAGAAGAAAUGCAUAAAACGUUAUUUAGAAAAUGAAAAAAUGGAUAUUUCUCAAAACAUAGCACAACCAGAUGAGGAAAAACCUUCCUUUGCUACUAUUAAGCCAAGUUCCAUUUCCUCUUUUUUAAAUAUGUACCCUGAAGAAAGUAUCAGUAAAGGUAGAGAUGAACUCAAGUUCGAUAUUAGAAAAAGUGAGGAAAAAAUAAAUGUUAAAAUUAGUUGUAAUGAAAACAUAAUUGCUAAGUAUAUGAAUGAUAAGAAUGAGUUACACCCCUUGAAUUCCCACAAUUUAGUGGUAGAAAAUGAAAGAAAAAAUGACCGUCAUAAUUCAGUAUUCAACAAACAAAGCAAUUGUGCUAAAUCAAUUGAACAAAUUGGAGAGUAUAUGAUCAUUAAGCCAAUGAAAAUCAAUGUGCAUGCCAUUCGAAAGGAAGACAUAACGAAUAAGCAUACUGAAUACUCUGGAUAUAAUAAACAAAAUGUUGAAACUAGAAGUAGUAAGCUUGAGAUAAGUAACAAAAUGGAGAAUAUACCAAAUGAGGAUUUGAAGAACGGCGCUGUUAACAGUAAAUGCUCUGUUAACAGCGUAUUCGAUGAAAGAAAGUGUUAUAUUAAUGGAAGUACUGAUAUUAUUAAAAAUAGUAUAAUCGAGAAAAAGAGAAAAAUUAAAAGCAUUCACAACGAGAUAUUAUGUCUCACAAGUGCUGAUAACUUUGCAAGAGGAGUUGAGCAUCUGAACGAUGAAAUAGGUUUUCUUCGCAGAAAGAAGGUAAUGUGUGAUGAUGAAUGGAGAGAAGACAAGUAUCCACAUACCGGAUUUGGAAUAAAAGGGAAGAAACAGAUAAAUAUGAAAGUAGACGACCUUAUUGGUAGUUUCUCAGAAUUUGAUUUUUUCAGUCCUUCUGAUGAAAACACCGUUUUGGAAGAACACAAAUCAUCUUUUUACGAUGAGAUAAUCAGAAGUACGGCAGAAUGUAGUCAAAGGGGAGAGGGAGGUGACGGACGCAUAUACAGCAAAAGGGCAGAUCAUGACACAAUUGAUAAACAUAGUAAGGAGAUUGAGGAUGCGAAUGAGAACACGAAAGUGAAUAAGAAUGAGAGCACGAAUGUGAAUAAGCAUGAAAACACGAAUGUGAAUGAAUAUAAUGCACUAGAUGAAAACCCUUGUUUAGAAACUAUUUCUUUAGAUAAGAUCCAAUCGGCAAAAAAUGAUAAAAAUUCUGUAAUGUUCACUGGUAAGGACAUUAAUAAGGUAGUUAAAGAAAUAGAUUGUAGAGGGGAAAAAAUGGAGAGCACAUCGCACAAGUCCAAUUUAAGAUAUAGCUUUCUUAAAAAUGUAAAAUUAAUAUACAAAAAGGAAAAGCAAGUAUUAGAAGUAAAUCCAAAGUAUAUGAAUAAAUAUGGUUAUUUUAAAAUAAUUUUAAAUACAUAUGGUAGAAACAAUUUAAUAAAUAUGAAUGAGCAUAAUGUUAACUUUGAGUUGUCAGAGAUUUUGUUUUCUAAUGAUAUCAUAUAUAAAAUGACUCGAAUCAAUUUUAAAAAAGUUAUGAAAUCUCUAGAUUUUUAUGGUUAUCUAUACGACAAUACAUUUUUAAAAAAGUUAUGUAAUAAAGUUACUAUAAAUGAAUGGUUAUAUAACGCAACUUUUUUCCGUAAAAUAUUUACAAGAAAUGUGUUAAGAGUGGGAAUAUUUUUUGACUUGGUGUAUCACUUUUUAUACUUGAACCCUAUUUUUGUAGAUUUUUUCUUUAGCAAAAAUGGAGGAAGGUUUAUGAAAUUUUUUUUUUUAUACGACAAAAUAAAAGCACUCAAAUUAAUGAAUAAUAUGACAACAGACUUGAAGAAUAUUAAACCAUCUACUGAUUCGGUUAUGAAUUUUUUGAUCGGAUUUUUUUCAAAUAUCAAUAGGAAAAGCACAAGGGGGGAAGAAGCACACAGUGGUAAUUCGAUAAAAAACUUAAAUAAUAGACAAUACGCUAAGAGCAAUACAGUGGAUAUUAGCAAAAUGGGCUGGUUAAACAUGAGAAGUAAUCAUAAAAUGAAUAAUAAUUUGAAAAGGAAACGGAAAGGCUACAGGGGAAAAAAGCACGUGUAUAUAAAAAACACGAGAUUUAGAAAAUCAGUUCUGAAAAAUGUUUUAAACAGAAUAUGGCAGAAGACAGAUUUAUACGUAAAAGAAGAAGUAUAUUAUGGCAAUAAUUUUACUGUUCGAAAAAAAUUGAAAAAAAGUAAAAUUCAUCAUUUGAAAAGGCUAAGUAAUUUUUUAGUAGAUUCGAACGAUACAUCGAGUACUUCUAGUAUUUAUUCAUUUUUGAGUGAUGCAGAAGAAGGGAUUGGUUACAAUUUAGAUAAAUCAGAAGAAAUUAAUUUUAAUAUUAACGAAAAAAUUAAUGAAACAUUUCAUCAAAGUGGGUACAACCAACAGUUGGAAGAUAAUCAUGAAAGCAACACAGAACUCUACUACGACAAUGGAAAUGAAGGAAAUGAAGAAUAUGCAAUGGGAAAUACUGCAAGUUCGACAAACAAUAUAAAAACAUUUCAUUCCCUGGAUUCUGUCCCGAACAUAUCUUUCGAUCUGUAUUCCCAAGAUGGUGACUCUUUUCAAAAGGGGGAUGCCUCUCUGAGUUUGUGUUUUAAGGAAGAAGAAAAAUGCAAUGUUGAAAAAUACAUAAAAGACAUAACUUACCUUGGAAUAAGAAUUAGCUCGAAGGAAAAUAAAAUAAACUACUACAAUUGUUUUGAUGUUAGUUUAAGUAUUUACAUAAAAGAAUAUUUAUUGAGCAAUAUUAAUUACAAUAUAUCUAAGGAUGAUGAACAUAUGUCUGCUUUUUUUCCUGUAUGGCCACACAACCCUGAUUAUUUUGGGUACAAGAUAGGGAAAAAUAUAAAAAAGGAAUUUAACAAAAUGAGAAGAAAAAAUAGUAUAACACAAGAAAAAGAAGAAAUGAAAAAGAAUUCGUUCGAAAUUGUUCUUAACAAAAUGAAUAAUAAAACAAUAAAGUGUGAAGAACAUUAUACCAAUUAUGAAAACAAAGAUUGGAAGGUGGAUAAAAUUCGAAAUGUUGAUGACACAAAAAUAAAAGACUGUUGUUUUGUGUUAAGCGUGAAAAUAUAUCCCAUGCGUACGUUGGCAUUGUAUAUUUUGUAUAAUUCAUUUUACAAGGAUAACAACUUAAAUUUUGUACAGUUAUAUUCUAAUAGUAUAAAUAAAGAAACGAAAGAAUGGCUGCUACUAUUUUUACUACCACAUUUUAUUAAUAAGUGCAUACAUAAAGUUACAUACCCUCUUAAAUUGACUAAAAAUAUAUUCUCUGAAUCGAAUGAGUUUUAUGAAGAUUUUUUCUCUAAUGAAUACCUAAAAAUUAAUGAUAUAGAAAAAAUUAUAAUAUAUACAAAAAAUAACAGUGAUAACGAAAUGGAAAUUUGCCCUUUUUCUUUUUGCUACCUAUGGCUAAAAUCUACUAGAUGCAGAAUUGAUAGAUGGAUCAGCUCAAAAAUUAAUGAAGUUCUCUUUACAUUUCCUUUUGCUAAUUUUUUAUUAAGUAAAUAUUUUUCUAAUUUUAUUUUAUUUAUUCAACUGUUUCACACCUGCUUAGAUAUAGAUCACAUGUAUUUAUGCAAAUCCCAUUUUUACGUCUCUCUCAAGCAUAACCUAUCUUUUUUGCACGAGUCCUUGGUGAACGUUUUGUUUUCCCCCUCCCAACAAUUGUAA